AUGACGGAGCUCUUAACAGAAAGGAAACGAACAGGAGAGGUCGAGGAGCAGAUGUUAAAGGUGAAGGAUUCUCAACUCUCGCUGCGGGAGAAGGAUGAGCAGAUAAAGGACUUGGUAAAUGAGAUGAAGAUACUGCAACAACACAACAACGAGCUCAUUGACCUCAGCUCCCAAUAUGGUGAAGUCGAGCUAGAGAACAAGGAGCUGAAGAAGAAAGUCACCGAGCAGCUUCACGAUCAAGAAACUUUGAAACACGCUUUUAACAUCGAACAGUCUAAUAUCGUGGCGUUGCAAACAUCAAACGAACAGUUACUCGGGAAACUCGAAGAACUGCAGAAGAACAUAGACAUUUUAACGGUACAGUUAACGACACAGACGGAGAAACAGGAAACGGCAAAGACUACACAAAUAUCGACAAAACAAGCCGACAUGAAGAUACCAAUCACAGUCGACAGACACGAAUCGUACAAAGAUAUUCAAAUGGACAAAUGCAGCAAAUAUUGCGAAGCACUUGAAAAGAUUUUCGAACUGGAUAUCGCUAGGAAAGAAGAGAGAUGCAAAAUAUGUUGCAAAUCAGCUACAGUAGUUGAAAAUACAACCCAAAAAUCUAUUGAAUUGAUGGAUAAAUCAGUGCAGACAGUAUCUAUCGUAGGUAUCAAAGAUCAGGAAAUUGUAACAUCUGUCAAAGAAAUAUCGAAAGUGGAAGAAUCGCAGAUUACAACGCAAAAUACGGAACCUGUAGAGAACUAUUUGACUCCAGAUAAAAUGUUGAAGCUCCUGGAACGGGCACAGAUAAGCACAUCUACGGACGCAGCGAGAUUUAAUCAGAAACAUAUGGCUACCGAUAUCGACUACAGUGGCGUAAUGGAUCAAAAACAGAGCCACAGGCAAGUUGUUUCCCUUGAGAAACUGCUCUUCGAGACAUUAACACAAGGAAUUCAUGAAAACACACCUUUUCAACCUGGUCUCCAGCAACAGAGAAAACAUAUUGCUUCUCAAUCGAUGGAUCCUAAUACAAUAUUAUCCGCAUUGUUUAAUAUUCUUCAAGAGUAUUCUACGAUACCUCAUGAAGCCACGACCCUAUAUCGGCCAACUUCAUUUAUAAAACAUCAAUUCGUGAAAGACAUCAAUAACAAUGAUGAGAUGACAUUAAACAAAGUUGCAACUGGACCAAUUCGAUCUGGUUGUAGCACUCGAAAAUAUUGCACGAGCCCUUAUGAUAAACAAGAAAAGCCAAAGAGAAAAUUAUACCAUAGUGUGAAAAAACGGCCCAUCAAAGUCUCUGGUAACAACAAUUGCACCUGUAACAAUUUAAUGAGGUGCAAUACGGAUAUACACUGUGACCAAUGUUGCUGUAAUUCUGCGAAACUACUUACAUGCUACUUUAAUAAUUCGGGGAAGCAUUACGGAGCACGGUCAACAGUGAACAAACAUGGCACAGCCAAUUCCAAGGCAUCUUUCAAAAACCACGUAAUCAGUUCUACAAGCCAGUCCUCUGUAGCAAGAACUUAUGGUGCAGUGAACAUUUCUCGUCAGUUGCAGGACGACAAAUCCCGAGAUGCGCAUGAGACUGCACAGAUUGAAAACGAUGCUUCCAAUAUCAGUGAAUCGUUACAAAAGUAUAUCAAGCAUCUAGAUAAAUGCAGAGAAGUCGUGAGUGGGAUACCAGUGAAUGAAAUAGUGAAGCACGUGCAAAUUGUAGACUCAACUGGAUGUCAUCUUACGCACGAAGAAUCUAAAUCCGAAACGAGGAAAGUAGAAUCUUUCUGCAGUGCCGAUUGUCCAAACGAUUGCGUCGAUACUCCGAUUUCUUCUUCUGACUUGUUUCCAUUAGUGAUCGCGGAUGGUCAGGGUUUAAUGGAACUUCACAUCGUGUCUUUGCAAAUUUCCACAUCCGCCAAGCAAAUUCUUUUCCGAGAAAAGGACAUUAAUAACGUGCAAUUAUUCGUGAGUUGGAACAUUUGGAAUCAAGAAACAGCUUACACGCCCGUGCUCAAAUGCCCCAAAUUAAACUACAAUUCGUCGUUCGUCUAUCGCAUUCCAGACCUGUUCUCCUUCUUCAGUUAUAUUCUCCUUGAGUUCGUGACUUUCCAAGUAAACGUGUUUCGCAACAGGAGUGAUAACUACGCGGUAGCCAAAGGGAAACUUUGCAUUAAGGAUAUAUUGGACUAUCCGCAAAAUAAACUUCAUUAUAUUACUCCCGUGAAUAGUAUAAUCCCUUGCUCGGUUGGGAUAAAUUUUGGCCAAUUGUCUUUAUGGGUCAGACUAAGCUGCGAUAUCGAGAAAGUAGAUGCAUUCAAGAGGAGACGCGGAAUAAUAUCAGAACCAUCCCAGAAAACGGUAGUCGAAGCGAAACCGGUGAAAACAAAAGAUAUCAUUCCAUCAAAAACCGAUUUGAUAGUAUUGAAAGAUGAAACUAAUGAGAAGAAUCAUGAAAAUUCGAUCUCUUUAAUAACAAACGAGAUAGAGACUUUCGUGGAUGAUUCAAGUAGUAUACAGAGUAACAAAGUAGGUGAAAAUUCUGUUGACAUCGAUUUGGCUGUGACUGAAUCUAUCCUUGACAAGACUCCUUUGACCGUGAUAAAAAAGAGUGAAGAGGAUCCUGAAACUUUAUUUUCGAAUUCGAAGCAACCUGAAGACGAACAUGUUUACACAGUUAAAUGGAAUGACAUUCCUGAUGAUAUCGCAAAAUAUGAGAUGCAUGAAAGUUCGAAUAGAUUUAAAGUCGCGAUUCUCUCGAACAGAGAGAAGGAGGCUAUAGAGGAUUCAGAGAGAGACAGAGAAACUGAAGUAGAGACACCAAGUGUGAUGGAAUUUAAUGCCUUCUUGUCAAACUCACUCGAGAAGGAUUCAAUAAUUAUAGAGAUCAUGAAUUUGAUUUUAUUCCCGAGAAGCUCUGUGAUGCAGAAUCCAGAAUAUCAGUUAUUUUACAUUGAAUAUUGUUUCCUGGGUUAUUGCGGAGCUGACAUGGAAACAAUUUCAGUGAGGAAACCACGGCCACCAAAUCAGAAGUUAAUAUAUAAUUUUAGAAGAAAGUUUCAAGUAGAUGAAGAAAAGUAUCCGUUGCAAAAUAAUAUCCUACGCGCGAUGCUGGAUGGUUUUGCUAAUCCUAACAUAAAGUUUAUUAUCGUCUGUGAACCGCUUCCUGAGGAAACUGAUAUUAAAGAGUGUUUGGAAAUUGGAGAUAUGAAAGAAAAGAUCGCGGUAUCUAGGUACGCUAAUUUUAAUAUAAGGGACUAUGCAUUAGGGGAUAGUGAACGGAUAAUGUCACUCCCGGUAUAUAAUAUAAACGAAAAGGAACAGAUUGGUCUGUUGAAGGUAUUGCAAUGAUUCUUUAUCUAGAAUAAAUAAUUCUAAUUUUAAAUAUUCGUAGAUCUGCGUGUUAGGUCUCGAUACGAUACGUGAACGACUUGAAAGACGCGAUUCGGCCCUAUAA